GCACGUUACAAGCAGAGUCUGGACCCCACGGUAGACGAGGUGAAGAAGCUGUGUACGUCCCUGAGACGCAACGCCAAGGAGGAGCGUGUCCUCUUCCACUACAAUGGACACGGGGUCCCCCGACCCACCGUCAACGGAGAGAUUUGGGUGUUCAACAAGAACUAUACCCAGUACAUCCCUCUGUCUGUGUACGACCUCCAGACGUGGAUGGGCAGCCCCUCCAUCUUCGUUUACGACUGCUCCAACGCAGGCAUCAUCGUCAAGUCUUUCAAACAGUUCGCCCUGCAGAGAGAGCAGGAGCUGGAGGUGGCAGCCAUUAACCCCAACCACCCCCUGGCCCAGAUGCCUCUGCCCCCCUCCAUGAAGAACUGUAUUCAGCUGGCAGCCUGCGAGGCCUCAGAGCUUCUACCCAUGAACCCUGACCUCCCCGCUGACCUCUUCACCUCCUGCCUCACCACGCCCAUCAAGAUCGCCCUGCGCUGGUUCUGUAUGCAGAAAAGUUCCAAGCUGGUGCCAGGGGUGACGUUGGACCUCAUUGAGAAGAUACCUGGGAGACUGAAUGACAGACGCACCCCACUGGGAGAGCUCAACUGGAUCUUCACUGCUAUCACUGACACUAUCGCCUGGAACGUGCUGCCCAGAGAUCUGUUCCAGAAGCUUUUUCGUCAGGACCUGUUGGUGGCCAGUUUGUUCCGCAACUUCCUGUUGGCCGAGAGGAUAAUGAGGUCAUACAACUGCACCCCCGUCAGCAGUCCGCGCCUGCCACCUACAUACAUGCACGCCAUGUGGCAGGCGUGGGACCUGGCUGUGGACAUCUGUCUCUCUCAGCUGCCCACCAUCAUUGAGGAGGGCACCGCCUUCAGGCACAGUCCAUUCUUUGCGGAGCAGCUGACAGCGUUCCAGGUGUGGCUGACCAUGGGAGUGGAGAACAGGAACCCCCCAGAACAGCUCCCCAUCGUACUGCAGGUCCUCUUGAGUCAGGUGCACAGGCUGAGAGCGCUGGACCUGCUCGGCCGCUUCCUGGACCUGGGGCCCUGGGCCGUCAGUCUGGCCCUCUCAGUGGGGAUCUUCCCCUAUGUGUUGAAGCUGCUACAGAGCUCUGCCCGGGAGCUCCGACCCCUACUGGUCUUCAUCUGGGCUAAGAUCCUGGCUGUGGACAGCUCAUGUCAGGCAGACCUGGUGAAGGACAACGGACACAAGUACUUCCUGUCUGUCCUGGCCGACCCCUACAUGCCUGCUGAGCACCGCACCAUGGCUGUCUUUAUCCUGGCUGUGAUUGUCAACAGCUACACCACAGGCCAGGAGGCCUGUCUUCAGGGGAACCUGAUAGCUAUCUGCCUGGAGCAGCUCUCUGACCCUCAUCCCCUGCUACGUCAGUGGGUGGCCAUCUGCCUGGGACGCAUCUGGCAGAACUUUGACUCGGCCCGCUGGUGUGGUGUCAGGGACAGCGCCCACGAGAAGCUCUACAGCCUGCUGUCCGACCCCAUACCUGAGGUGCGCUGUGCGGCGGUGUUUGCCCUGGGGACAUUUGUGGGGAACUCAGCUGAGCGGACGGACCACUCUACGACCAUCGACCACAACGUGGCCAUGAUGCUGGCACAGCUCAUCAACGACGGCAGCCCUGUGGUCCGCAAGGAGCUGGUGGUGGCUCUGAGUCACCUGGUGGUUCAGUAUGAGAGUAACUUCUGCACCGUGGCCCUGCAGUUCAUGGAGGAGGAGAAGAACUACACUGUACCCUCACCUGCCAACACCUUAGAGCCUGGUAACCUGACUCCAGUGCGCGACAGCCCGGCCGUCCCUCGGCUGCGUUCAGUCAAUUCCUACACCAACAUCAGAGCUGCCACCACCGCACGCAACCUCAACAAGAGCCUGCAGAACCUCAACCUCAACGAAGAGGGUGGUCCGGUGGCAUUCUCGCCAGGUAACUUGAGCACCAGCAGCAGUGCUAGCAGCACCCUGGGUAGCCCUGACAACGAUGAGUACAUCCUCUCCUUUGAGACUAUCGACAAGAUGAGACGAGUCUCCUCUUACUCCUCCCUCAACUCCCUUAUAG